UUUCUUUCUUAUUUUUGUCUUUUUCCAGACUUCAGCUCUGCCCUGACGCUGCUGGUGCUCAGCAGUCCCAUACCGCAGGUCAAACAGUCUCUGCCACAAACAGGCGGGGAACAGAUGAUGGACUCCUGUGUUUUCUACGCAGAAAAACUCCUGAGGAACAUCACAGACACACUCACCCAGACCAAACUGUUCAGUGGGAUCGAUUGCAGGAAACAGAACAUGGAGCUGAACCUAGAGACAAGCACGCCGUCUGUCUGCUCCCCACGGACAUCAACAUGUUCUGGAAGUACUAAAUCAGAGUUUGAUGAGGAGUCUUGUUUGAUGAACAUCGGAGCGGAUCUGACCCACUACCACAAUCUUCUCUCUGCUCAGCCAGAUCCUGACAAUUUACUCAACUUGUCUGUUUUGAGCAGCCUCAGAGAGCUCAUGGAGAACUGCUUUAAGGAGUCUCUACCUACAAAGUUAGCCCCAAGAAAGGAUGCUGUGGACACUACGAGGAACUUCAAUGAAAGACUGAGCCUCUGCAAAGUGCUGAGGGGCUUCCAGGUCCGCACCAUCACCAUUAACCGAGCCAUCAGCUACAUGAACAGCGGCGAACAUCUCCAGUGAACAAUCGCUGACUUCCAGAACAAAUCAGCAUGACUCAGAAAGCAUCCUUAAAUAGCAUCACUUACAAAAAAAAAAAAAAAAACAGUUUGUUACAGUAACAUCACUUAGCUUUGACAGAGAACACUGAACUUUUUAUUUAUUUAUUUUAAAGCAUAUUUAUUAUCUUUGUAGGGUCAAACAGAUUAUAUUUUACAUCCAGAUGAUGUGUGGAAUUAUACUUUUAUAAAGUGUAUUUAUACAAUAUGUGAUAUUUACAUAUUUGUUGUUAUUUUGGACUAUUUAUUAUCAGCUAUUUAUUGAUGUCAUUGACUUGU